ACAAUAACAAACAAAAAUAUCGUCUAAUUUGUUGAUGAAAACUUUAAUUAAUUAUGAAUAUCAACUUGGAAACCGAUAAAGACAUAUGUAGAAUAUGUCUGCAGAAGACGGGCCUGUUGUUCUCGCUGUUCCGCAAGCGCGGCGACGGAUUCUCUCCGCUCGAGAAGAUCACGAGCUGCACGCGCGUGGCGCUGGCGCCGGGCGGCGGCAUCUGCGGCCAGUGCCUCGCCGAGCUCGACGUCACCGCCGCCUUCCUCGACAAGUGCGAGCGAGCCAGCAGCUUCUUUGCACAAACGACAUUCAACUUGGAAUUCGCGUCUAAUCCCACUGAAGAUGUCCAUAAAGACGUUAAAGACGACCUGCAACCACCAUUUAAGAUCGAGGAAUCAGAGUGGGUGGAGGCUAAAGCUGGUGACGCGCAGAGUGUGGAGUCGGGCGGCGCGGCGCGGCUGGCGGGCACGCUGGGGGCGGUGGCGCGGGCACAGUGCGCGGAGUGCGGCUCGCGGCGCCGCUGUCGGCACUGGGCGCCGCCCACCUCCUUCCAGUGCCAGCAGUGCCACAAGACCUUCCAGCGGAAAGCUAAUUACAUUAUACAUUUGAAGCGGCAUGCGGGGUCGCGCGAGCACCCAUGCCCCACAUGCGGGGCCCGCUUCAUUACGCGUUCGCUGGCGCGCCGGCACUGCGCCCCGCGGCCCCGCCACGCCUGCCCGCACUCCGCCUGCGGGAAGACCUUUACCACCACCACCAACCUGCGGACACACAUACGGAUGCACAAUGGGGAGCGUCCGCACCAGUGCAGCGAGUGUGGCAAACAUUUUGCCUGCAAAAAUACUCUCAGGGAUCAUGCGAGAAUACAUACAGGCGAGAAGCCGUACAUCUGCAGCGUGUGCGGCAAGACGUUCACCACCAACAAGCUGUCGGCGCACAUGCGCACGCACGGCCCCCGCCCCCCGCGCCCCCCGCGCCCCCCGCGCCCCCGCGUCUCCGCCGGUGAUCCUGAUAGCGCGACGGCGGCGGCGCGCGUGUUCCCGUGCGCGCUGUGCGGCGCCAGCUACGGACACUCGCAGUCGCGGAACAAGCACAUGAGGAAGCACCACGGACAGGUACACAGCUGUUUACAGCUCCUUAAGGCAGGAACAGACGAUUCAUUCGAGGAGUGAACAUUCACUCGAGUGAACGGUUCGUUUUGGUUUGCA